AGGACAUUACUCGUCGUCUUCAUCAUCAUCUUCAUCAUGAACAGCGGCGUUCAGCAUCCGAGCGCAGCGACUCGCGUCCUGUCGGAGUGAAUCACUUUGAUUCAAAUUCAGCAUCAACGCGAGCAGAUCUGUGAGCCAGCAAAAUGGGAGAGCAGCCCAUCUUCAGCACCAGAGCGCACGUCUUCCAGAUCGACCCCAGCACCAAGAAGAACUGGGUUCCCACCAGCAAACACUCCGUCACCGUGUCCUACUUCUACGACAGCACGCGCACCGUGUACCGCAUCAUCAGCCUCGACGGGUCAAAGGCCAUCAUCAACAGCACCAUCACCCCCAACAUGAGCUUCACCAAAACCUCACACAAGUUCGGUCAGUGGGCAGACAGUCGGGCUAACACCGUCUACGGCCUGGGCUUCUCCUCCGAGGCCCAUCUGAGCAAAUUUGCUGACAAGUUUGCAGAGUUCAAAGAAGCGGCGCGGUUAGCCAAAGAGAGAUCUCAGGAGUUAACCAGCUCACCCUCACAGCGCAAACCCGUCUCGUGUUUCCCGCGCCUGAAGGAAUCAGCGAUGGGUGACCUUCAGUCUCCUGUGACUCCAGAGAGCAUCAACGGCACGGACGAGAGAGUGACCCCCGACACAGCCUUCAACACCGAGAGCCGCGCCGAGAUCAACACUGUGCCCUUCCCCCACAGCUCCACGUCCAUCAGCAAGCACUGGGAGGCCGAGCUGGCGGCUCUGAAGGGGAAUAAUGCUAAGCUAACGGCGGCGCUGCUGGAGUCCACGGCUAACGUCAAGCAGUGGAAGCAGCAGCUGGCGGCGUAUCAGGACGAGGCCGAGCGACUGCACAAACGGGUCACGGAGCUGGAGUGUGUGAGCGGACAAACCGCCGGCGUCAAAACACAGAAAACAGAGCUGAACCAGACCAUAGAAGAGCUGGAGGCCGAGCUGAAGGCCAGAGAGGAGGAACUGGAGAAGCUGAAACAGGAAGUGGAGGAAGCCAGCCAGCUGCAAACACAGAGAGAUUCGCUCACUCAGAAACUACAGGAGACGGAGCUGAGGAACGUGGAGCUGGAGUGUCAGCUGCUGGAUCUGGAGCAGCGUCUGGAGAACCGGCGUCUGGAGAGAGAGAGCUUCAGGAGGAGUCUGCGCUCGCUGCUGGAGCUACUGCACCGAAAGAUCUUCCAGCUGACCCAGCUACGAGACAGUCUGACCAAACUGAUGGAGAGCGACAGCAGCUAGAGACGAGACGCUCACACACACACAGAGAGACACACACACACACACACUCACA